AUGGCAAACUCGGCGCGUGGUAUGAUUAGAUCCCAAGUGGUCAAGCUCUCGUCGACUAAUGACCGAAGCAAAUUCCCUAAGCUACAAUUGACGACCUCAGUCUGGCCGUUAGUCUGUGGAUGGUAAGCUGUGGAGAACUUGAGCUUAGUCCCAAGUAAGCUCCAAAGAGUCCUCUAGAAGUGGCUGGUAAACCGUAUGUCACGGUCUGAGACUAUGGACUUGGGUAGUCCAUGAAGGCGCACAAUCUCUCUAAAGUAGAGGCUAGCGACCUUGGAGGCGUCAGGGGUUUUUGAACAUGGCAUGAAGUGUGUCAUCUUUGAAAAUCUAUCGACGACCACCAUGAUUGAGUCAUGUCAUCGUGCAGUACGCGGGAGUCCCAAAAUGAAGUCCAUGUUGACGUCGUCCCAUGGGCGGGUUGGCACUAGAAGUGGCGUGUAGAGUCCAGCAUUCUUCUUUACCUGCUUGGCGAGUGCGCACACUCAACACUGAGUGACGACAUUCCCUACAUCACGCUUGAGGGUCGGCCAGUAGAAUUGGUACUCGACCGCUGCGAUGGUCUUAUCGCGACCAAAAUAGCCGGAUAGACCUCUUGCGUGACAUUCCCAAGUGAGGAAGUCACAGAGAGAUGUGCGUGGAACGCACAGUCUGCUCCUAAAGAACAGACAUCUGUUGACCACAAGGAAGUCCUUAUGAUCUCGGGAUGGACCAUUCGAAAGUGCUUAUAGAAUGUGGCCAAUGUCCAGGCAAUCUACGUAAGAAUCCGGUAGGGACUCAAAUCCUGUCACCUAAACCUUCACGAGGUUCAGCAAGUGGACUCAUUAGCUGAGGGCGUUUGCCAUCACAUUCUCCUUGCCCUUCUUGUGGCAAAGGACGAAGGUGAAGUCCUGCAAGUACUCGACCCAUCGUGUGUGUCGAUUGCUCAGCUUCCGCUGAGAGUGUAGAUACUUCAAGGCCUCAUGGUCCGAGAAGAGCACAAACUCCUUAUAAAGGAGGUAAUGGCGCCAGUAUUUGAGAGCCUAAAUGAUGGUGUAAAACUCACGAUCGUAAGUGGAGUAUCUAAACCUCACGUCAUUCAGUUUCUCGCUGAAGUACUCUAUGGGAUGGCCUUCUUGACUAAGGACACCCCUAAUACCGAUGCCUGAGGCAUCAUAGGCAACCUCAAAUACCUUGCCAAAAUCGAGUAGGCGAAGUAUCGAUGCUUGAGUGAUAAGAGCCUUCACCCGAUCGAAGGCCUGCUCAACUGCCUCUGUCCAAAGGAAGGUCUCCUUCUUGAGGCAAUCAGUAAGUGGAGCGGUGAUGGAACUCAAGUCCUGAAUGAAGUGAUGGUAGAAUGUCGCUAGUCCAAUGAAGCUCCGGAUGUCAUGCAUGCUGCCUGGCCGUGGCCAGGUGACUAUCGUGCGGACCUUUUCGGGGUCUGCGGAAACUCCUCACUCAGAGACGACAAAACCGAGGAACAUAACCCCAGAAGUGAAGAAACUACACUUCUUAGGAUGGGCAUAAAGCUUCUCCUGUCGAAGUGCCUCAAACACUUGUCGUAA